AUGGAGGACAGAGAGAUCACUACUCCUGGAGGAACUUUAGUCGCAGCUGAAGAAGUUAAGAAACUAAUUGAUGACAGAGAAAAAGCAAGACAAUAUAUUCGCUCUUGCAAAGAAACAAUGGGCAAACAGAGCGAGCAGCAUAAAAAGGAGCAAUCCGAGUUUAAACAAACAUUAGCCAACUUAGAAUCUCAACAAUACAACACUAGAUUUAACGCAGUUGCAAUAAAACUUGAAUUAGAAACCCAUAAAAUUUUUAAAAUCUUUACAAAGCGUGCCAGUUUGCUUCUGGCCCAAGCAUUCUACUUAUAUCGACAAAACGUAAGAUCACUCAAGAAAAGCAACCAAUUCUACAUUGCUGUAGAAUUAAAAUUUGGAUUAAAAAAGCUUAUAUGAAAUGUAAAAAAGCAUAGAGGUAUAGUUGGCAGAAAAUAUUGAAACAGAUGGGUCAAGCUUGUAUCUGAUGACUCAGAAAAACUUCAAAAAGAAAUUUUAAAAGUGGAAAAAGAAAAUAAAGAGUUUAAAUUUAAAAUUACGAAGAGAAAAAUGAAGGGGGAAAGUGGAUCUGUGCUAAAUGAGAUUAUGGAAGAGAAUAAACAGCUAAAAGAAAAAAUAAAAGCUUCACUCCCCCAUUUAAAUUGGAACAAAAUCAGUAAAUUUGCAUUUUUUGGUACUUUAAACCCCUUUAAACUGGAACAAAUUUGUUUUACAAUACGAAAAUUUAAACAAUAAAAAAUACUAAUUUUUUUAAAAUUAGUUUUGACCAAUUUUAAUAGGCAAAUGCAAGUAGAAUGCUAUUUAAAAAUUUUUCACAUUAAAUCUAUCAAUGUUUUUAUUAAAUUCUUAUUAAAAGUAUUAAAAUUCUUAAAAAAAAUUAAAGAAGAAAAUACUAAUUUUAUAAAAUUAAUUUCGACCUAAUUUAUAAACUUAAUUUUAACCUAAUUUUAUAGAAAAGGUGCUACAAUAAUGUUAUUUAAAUAUUUUUCACAUUGAAUCGAUUAAUUUUUUUAAUUAUUUCUUUAUAGUAAUAAAUUAAAAUUCAAAGUAUUGUAUUCAAUUUAUAUUUAAAAAUUUAAUAGAGAGAAAUUAAAAUAUAACUUUUUUUAAAAGAAGAAAUUAACCCACCUUUUAAUUGAGCAGGAUUUUUUGUUCCAAUUUAAAGGGAGAGGAGUCAGAAGAAAGUGUUGGAGUUUUUAUAAGAGAAAUGUCAUUACUUUUAGAUCAGCACGAACCUCCAGGAUUUAGAGAAGAAAUAGAAAAAUUUGCACAAAGAUCAAAGAGGCAAACUAAGCCAGUCCCAAAAGCAAGAUUACGUCAUAGCCCAGAACAUGGAGAAAGGCGAUUGCAAUUUGAUUAG